GUCGGACACGAGUCUGAAAUUAAAAUUUUAUCAUUUAAUUAUGGACACAGAUAAAAGAGUAUCUGACACAUAUCUGAGAGUGUCCGUGCUUCAUAGAUUUUCAUAAAAGAGGAUGUGAAUAAUGAUAAGAAGUGAGUAGAUCAUAUAUUGUAUGGUUUAGCAUCUAUCCUAGCUGAUGGAUGAUCAAAAUAUUUAUAUAUGUAUCUGUGAGAACUGAUAUGGAGCAUGCUAUUGAGCAAAGAGAUCAAUCAAGAACAAUCUGUGAUAUCCAUUUACUGACUUGUGUUGAAGAUAAUGUGACAUGACACAAGUGAUAUCCAAUGGUUGCGAGUGAAUUACACUGUAAACCUGCAGACUAUAUUUUUUUUUUCUUCUUGUUUUUUAUCAUUAUUUUCAUACAUUCCUUUUUAGCAUGUAGCAUUGAAAUUCCCCUUUAAUUUGCCAUCUGAAGAUGCUGUACGUAUAUAUUAUGUCAUUGGUGAUUACUUGCACAGUUAAAACUAGAUUCGACCAUCUUUAAUGCAGCUCGUGAGGCAAGUAACUGCAUUCAGUGUCCAUUUACCAUGCGUAUCCUUGACGACGAUGAUGUGCUUCUCAGUUCAAUAAAACCAAGAGAUCUGGAACCUCCUCGUGAAAGGCCUCGGACAUCAGUAGCAACUGCCCAACGGCUAAUUGCUCAAGGAAUGGGAAUGAAGUUGCCAUCAACAACAUUCGGAUCCAGAGAACUGAGGAAACAAGAAGAAGCCAGAAGAAACAGGAUAGUUUCAAGGCAAAAAAAGAGGGAUGAUGCUUGGGGAGAUGAUACUAACUAGGAUUCAGAACUGCAUGAUUUCAUCGUAAAUAUGAUUCAGAUGGUCAUGAUUUCUUCGUACAUGUUUGUUUCUUCAUCACUAAUUUAUCUCUAUUGUUUCCAUAGUUGAUGGCGUCGCAUGCAUGGUUUUCGGUUGUGUUUGCUGCAUGAGCUUAGCCUCAAAAUUAUUUAGUGUGUUACAAUAGGGAAAAAUUGAUUUGGUUGACAAGAUUGUACACAAAACAUUGUACUUGCACAGAUCUCUUUGUUGGGUACUUCACAAUGGUAUUUACAUAUUAAAUGAGUGGCUUUUUGAGUUGGAUCUUUG